AGUUGAAGUGCGCAACGCUCGAGCUCGGCUGUGCUUCUCGAGAUCACCGUCGGAUUACAUUCCGUCGGAUUGAGCUCCAGGCAUGGCGACUCCAAGUCGAAGUACAGAGGACUUUCGCGGCGCCCGAGAGCGCCUCAUGGGCAUGAUCUUGAUCACGUGUCUCACCUUCAUUGUCCUAAACGUUACUUCGGUUCUGAGCUAUAUGCUUAGCAUGGUGUCGAACGUUCUCUUCGCGCUGGUCGUCGGGUACAACCUUGCCGACUGCAUCGACCGACGUUACCGGAAAGAAGUUCGACUCAAGGACCCUACAGUCUUCAUCACAGGUUGCGACAGUGGCAUAGGUCUGCAUGCAGCAAGGCGACUACACGAGCACGGUUUCGACGUGUUUGCUGGCUGUCUAGACCCAAAUUCUGAUGGAGCCGCCAUCUUAAAGGAACUCCACGUAACCAUUGUGCCGAUUGAUUACCUUGAGGAAGACAGUAUUAUCCACGCUUAUAAGACUGUAACCGCUCAACUAGGCGACAGAGACCUCUGGGGCAUCGUUGCUAACGCUGGUGUGGUGAACUACGGCGAAGUGGAGUGGAUGUCUUACGAUGAAAUCAGAUGGGUAGUGAACGUGAACUUGUCUGGCACACUAAGAUUCAUCAAAGAAGGGAUACCCCUCCUGAGAAGAAGCAGGGGUCGAAUCGUCGUCAUGUCCGGCGUCCACGGUCGCCAUGCCAUACCCGGAAUAGUUGCAGCAAGUGCUGCCAGCGCCGGCCUCUGUUCCAUAGGGGACGGUCUACGCAGGGAGCUCUGCAAGUGGCACAUUGGGGUCAGCACUAUCGAACCUAUGCUAUACAGGACCCGAGUCACGGAACCGGAAAAUGUCAGGAUUGGAAUCAUGGAGUUGUUGAGCCGUGUUCCACAGAGCGUGAAGGACGAGUAUGGCACGUCGUACAUGGACGCCUACAAGUCGUUGCUUCCAAAGCGACUUCACCGGUACAUGCACGUCAACCUCAAUGAUAUCUCGAGGGCAAUCCACUGUGCCCUGACUGACACGUCACCUAAGGCUCGGUAUCGUUGCGGAGGAUCGGAUAUGAUCUUGGCUCUGUUCCUGGAACUGCUGCCCACCGAAGUGGUCGAUACAGUCAUUAACAGCGUCUUUCAGCCGCGGUGCCGGGUGAAGACGGUGACCACCAAAUCUGGAUAAUUCAUCAGUGGAGAUCCUUAUCUGUCUUUUGUAUAUUUCGCACGCAAAAAAGAAAGAACAUUCCUAACCA